AUGGCAGAAGUGCAAUACUUCUCUCGGCAGAACGACGGUCCGAUCACACACGUGAUCUGGUCGGCAGUCCCUCCGGCUGUCUCACGGGCCAUCGACGGCCUGCACAACAACGGCUGGCACACAUCCCUGUUGGGACGAUCGGCCCCUAUCAUGGGCGUCUCCACUGCCACGGGCGCCUACGCGCUCGUGCUCGUCGUCGCGUUCCUGUGCGGCUACGCGCUCGGCGCUCGGCAUGGUCCUGCCUUCCGUCAGGGCGCUGCAAAAAAAGUGGGACCCGCCCCAGCCCCGGCCCCUCCUGUCCGUGCAGCGUGCACCCCACCGCCACUGCCAACACACGCACCAGGAAGCCAAGAAGACCAUGAGGCGGUCCUCCGUUAG